GUGGUGUGUCCCCCACAGCCCGUUUCACCGGUUGUCCUGUAUUCCAGGCGCUGGCAUCUUCAGUGUGGGCACCCGGCUGUGAUAGCUUGCGGCUUCACAGCCGGGUGCCCACUGCGCAUGCACGAGUAGCGCGCUGCUCUUCAUGAAUGGUCCUGUAGUCUUCUGUGACCUGUCAUGUGUCCCAAAAGACUACAGGGAGGGAGGGAGGACAACUUCCAUUUCCAAUCGCCUAGGUGAUCAGACCGGAAGUGGGAGCAGGUACCUGUCAAAUUCAGGUACCUGCUCUCCCCGCCCCCCAAAGGUGCCAAUCCUUAAUGGGGAGCGGGGGAGCAGUCCUUAAAGCGGAACUUCCCCUUUUGGGUGGAGCUCUGCUUUAAAU